UCCUCCCCUCAUGGUUCCCUUGGCUUGUGCAGCUUAAUGUCUACGGACGGGGUACAGCACACAACUCCUCGAAGCUGCUCGAAAUAUUACUUAAAAAAAGACAAAGUGGACGAUGCCGCAAUCGGCCUUUUGUUUAUGGAGUCCGUGCAAAGGGUGACGGUUCAAGCUUUGUAGCUGUUUCCACAGCAUAAAAAGAAGCACUACCGCAGUAUUUUUUUAGCUCACUUGUGAAAGGAAUACACGAAAAAUGUCGUCUCCAAGUCCGGGGAAGAGGCGAAUGGACACCGACGUGGUGAAACUCAUAGAGAGCAAGCAUGAGGUCACCAUCUUGAGCGGACUCAAUGAGUUUGUGGUCAAGUUCCACGGUCCUUCUGGAACACCUUAUGAAGGAGGCGUGUGGAAGGUCAGAGUAGAUCUACCAGAAAAAUACCCCUUCAAGUCUCCAUCAAUAGGUUUCAUGAACAAAAUAUUUCAUCCCAACAUUGACGAAGCCGUUGCGUGUCCUCUCAGGUCAGGAACUGUGUGUUUGGACGUCAUUAACCAGACAUGGACGGCACUCUACGACCUCACCAACAUUUUUGAGUCCUUCCUGCCUCAGCUGCUCGCCUACCCCAACCCCAUCGACCCGCUGAACGGGGACGCCGCUGCCAUGUAUCUUCACCGACCGGAGGACUACAAACACAAGAUCAAAGAGUACAUCCAGAAGUAUGCCACAGAGGAGGCGCUAAAGGAGCAGGAGGAGGGUGGCGGGGACUCCUCCUCCGAGAGCUCCAUGUCAGACUUUUCCGAGGACGAGGCUCAGGACAUGGAGUUGUAGUUCUUAUUUAAGGCAGACUUUUUUUUACAGUGAGAUUUUUAUGGCUACCUGGGCCAGCGGCACACCUUGCUCCAGGAUUUAUCAUUAUCGGGAGUCCGGACUGAGGAAGCUGUGGAAGAAACCAUGUCGAUUCAUCUUUUUCAUUCAUUCUACUUGGAACUGCAGCAUCCGCAAAUGCGGUGGGAAAAGUCCCAACAAAACUGCAGUGCGAGUGUGUGAAUGUAAUCCUGAUGAUUAGCGGGACUGAGGAGAGACACUGCCUGUUCUCCCGAUGUCCCGUUCUUCCUCUCCGUUUUAGGAAAGUUGUUGUUCUCUUGAGUGUCUUUUGUGAAUUGGUGUGGCAUGACAGAGAGUUUUGUAGGAUUUGUCAGUGGUGAGAGGACACCAGGGGCCUGGCCGCACACUGAGUCAGCUCACGUGAGAAUUUAGUUGGAUUUUGUGUGAAAGCCUAGUUGAAAAUGGGCACUUUUUUAAAGAAACAUUUUAUGAAGUCCAUGCGAUCAGUUAUGCAGUUUACAAGCUUGCUAGUUGGUUAGCAAGCACAUUGUUGGUUGGCUCGUUGGUUAAAAAUUCUGUAGCAAGUAAUUAGUCACCAUAACUACUAUCUAUUUUAUUAGUUAGGUAGCAAGUUGAUAGUCAAUUGUCAAGCUACCAUCUAAUUGGUCAGUAAAAUGAAUUUUAGUUUCCAGGAUUAUGCCAAAGCUACCUAAACUAGUUUGACCCUCUUUGAAACAAAGUAUAUCUAUUUUUUUCAAUUGUUAUACCUAAAUAGGACCAUACUUAUUUGUUUAAUAAUAUGCCUUUGAAAAAAAAAACUUUAAAAUGAUGUUAAAAUAUUUGUGGCAAUUCUAGCAUUUCAGUGUAGCAUGUCGGCCAUGUUGCGAAGAGUCUGGCCUUGUAUUUCAUAGUGCUUCCCUUUGUAGAAGAAUGUAAUGUGAGCAAUAAAUGAUGCAUUAUUUUUGGUACAAUUUCCAGAUACAUUUUCGUGAGAACAGGCUGCCUGCGGCAUUCUGUGGGUCCUUGUUUCAUUGUUGCCUAUUGCUUGUACCUACUAUACUAGUUGUUUGACUUGCGUAGGGAUGUUUCUUUUCUCGCAGUGAAUCCAAUAACACAUGUACAUGUUUGGGUUCCUGUGAAGUCGAGGAAUAGUAGGACUGGACUCGUGUCAAUCACAUCUUAUAUGCAAAAUGUAAAAUGUUACAUUCAUUGUCCAACUGAAGUGCUCUUUUUUAUUCCACGUACAGCCAUUCUACAUUCCUACAAUACUUCUUUUGGUCACUUGCUAGUUUGACGGCUGAUUGCAACAGGACCAAAUAUCAAGUAGAUCUACACUCAGAAAAGGUAGUAAUUCUGAAGCAUUGAUACUAUGGUAAAUUCACUGUUCUGUUUGACUCCUGGCCAUUCUCUUGAAUAGUCGGGAAGUAAAAUCACAAUUAACACAUCCCAUGACACAAGGUAAUCAUUUAGGAUAAUCUUUUUGCGACAGACCGAUUAUCAGGCCUUUUCUGAUUUUACUCAGAAGAAGGGAAACAUAAUUUUCAAAUUUGGCCAGAUAAUCCAUAUUUGGGAAUUAGGCAUUAGUCGUCGUGAUAAAUUGCUCCAAAUAAAAUCAGCAUGCAUGAACACGCACGCACACACACACACACACACACACACACAUGCACACGCGCACACAUAUUUACAUAUGUGUGUUGUUUUUUAACAAAUGGGUAAUAAAUGUCCUCUUGUGACUUGAAAGAAAUAAAAAAAAUAUAUCACACAAUGUCUUGGUGUCAUUUUCAUAAUGCAUAACAGAGAUUUAGCUUUGUCGACAUGCAUCAUGACUACAUCGUGUUGAUAAAGGUUUACGAAGGUGCUGACAUCCAUUGUGGACUUACGAAUUACUGUACCCGUAUUAAAUUUCCCCAGUGUGGGACGAAUAAAGGAUAUCUUAUUAGCCAAACAUGAACAUUUUUGUUUUGCUUAACAAAGUUUGCUAACAAGUUAAAUAAUAAGCUUGGUACCAGUAAUUAGUCAGCUAGCAAGCUACAUUGUGAACGCUAGCAAGUAAUUACCAACCAAGGUAAUUUGUUUGUUUGCUUUUUAGGUCAAGCUAAUCUUUAUUGUCAAAUAUGCUUUAUGUAUUGUUAAAGGAAUGUAUUCCUUACUGUGAUGUUUUUAGCCCCAAUCUGUUGUUGGUUCUGUUCAAACACGAAAACAAAGAAUGUAGAAUGGUGUUGAAGGUAUUUACUGCUCACUGUGAUUACAAUCACCUUUAGUGCACCUCGGCCCCCACCCCUUUUAGGGCCCCCUCUAGUGGACAUGUUCGACAUCAAAAGAGUAACUUAUCUCACGCAUCUGUGUUCCUGCCAUCACAUCAAAGCUCAGACCGAAGACAAUGGUGGGUCGUGGUGGUCUGGUCUCACCUCACCACUCCCAACUUUUUCCAGCCACACCGGGUCAGAUGACAUGUUCAUUUCUUUUUUUCCGGGAUUUCCAUGGAGGCGUAACUCCCCGCUUUUCAUUAUCAUAUGGUCUCUAUAUAUUCUCAUGACUGCAUUUUUUUCCUACGCUUCCUGGCGAAAUCUUAGACUCUCAGGAGCCCGAAUCGAUUCGUGUUGCGUUGUGAUAAACUGAGAAAAUGA